AUAUGGACCCUUUUGAGUUAUAUCAUGAUGAUCAGCCCACCGAUUUUGAUCUCUUAAUGGAGCCUGAUCUACAAUGAGAAGAAAUAGGGCAUAGCGAUCUUGAGGAAGAGACUGAGCCUCACUUGCAUAUCAAAUUAGAUGACAAUCCAAGUGAAAUAAAGGUUUGCUUGCACCCUCUGAAGGAAAGAGUGCAUUUUUACAAGACCAAGAAGUACAAGAAAAAGUACUCUUACCUUGGAUCAACAGAAAACAUUAUUAACUCAGUGCUAUGAACCAUCUGAGACCAGGUCAUGGAGAAAGGGAGAAGGUGAGAUUCCUGCAAAAAGGCAUUCUGUAAUUUUUGCAUGGACACAAAAUCUUGCCCAUUUAACUGAGGAGGCACUAAGGACAAUAUCAUUAGUAUUAACAGAAAGAUUGGCUAUGUCCUUAGUAAAAUCCACUUUAAAUGUGUCAAUUAUGAAAGAGGCUGAUCCCAAAAGCUGGCGUAUAAAGAACUAAAAAUUCACGAAAAGGAUUGAGAGUAUCGGGCUAAGGUAUGACAAUAUUGAUCACAACCUGUAAUAGCUCUUAGAUUUAUAACCCAUUUGGAGAUUUGUAAGCAAAGAAAGAAGAAAAUCAAAUGCAAAUUCUGUGACUUCGAAACCUCAUUUGAAGAGAUAGAAGAGCAUACUGAAAAUUGAUCUAAAAAAUUAGUUCAAUGAAAGUAUUUUCCUAAAUGAAUCUAUACUGGAUCUAAAGACAAUGUUGAACUUCACCAGGUCGAAUGAAAAGAAAAUCAGAGACAAUGAAAAUUCUGAAAGCAAGACAUUGAAAGGACUACUGAAGAUUCUGAAGAAGACACACAUGACUGACUUGAUGCUAUCAACAUUCAAAUAAGAUCAGCAAUCAGAAACAAGGAAUUAUGACUUCAAAGACUAGAAAGAAGGAUCCAAGAGAGAAAUGAUAUGAAAGCUGCCAUUGACGAAAUAGUUAAAGUCCUAACCACAAAGCAAUCAGAAUGCAUAAAACUGAGUGAAGAAGCCAAAUAUUACAAAGACGAAGUUUUCAAAAUCAAAAAGAGAAAGCAAAAGGAACAACUAAAGAAGAAUGAUGGCACUUUGCAAGACGAAGGCGAAGAUUUCAGGAUAUGCACUGGCAAGAGACCUUACAUCUGCUUCGCUAAAAAUUCAGAAAUAGAUCCUGCUUUGCAAAAGGAGAACAAAUGUAAAUGUCCGCUUGAAAAUCAGAACUUUAAACAUAGGUAUAAGAACAGAAGUUGGGUAGAAGGAAACUGAGUCUCUUGAAGCCAUAUUGUUUGCAAGAUAUGCAAAUAUAUUUGAGAUACCUGAAAAACUGUUAUUUGUGUUGAAUGCAAAGACCAAUGCAAAGCUUGUCAUCAUUUCGUUUGCUCUAAAUGUGAGUGCUUAUGAGGAAACUUAAAAGUAAAACUUUUGAGAGCUUAAUUUGUAACAAAAUGUUGUGUAAA